CGAUGGCUACUUCGGUAACCCGAUCGAGCUGGAUGGCAAAUGUCUCCCUUGUCCUUGCCACGGUGGUCCAUGCAACGCAAGGACAGGGGAGUGUAUUGAGUGUUUGGGUAACACGGAGGGGUGGCGUUGUGAGCGCUGUAAGAGUGGCUACUGGGGACUUCCCGACGAGGGAUGUGAACCGUGCAGUUGUUCGGAGGUUGGUGCGCUGGAGAAUGUCUGCGAUGUCAUUACCGGGCAGUGUAUCUGCAAAGCCCGCUACGGCGGACGAAGGUGUGACGAGUGUGAUAGUGGCUACGGAAACCUGGACCUUGAUUGUCCGGCGUGCGAGUGUCAUGUGAAUGGGUCGGCAGGUGGGCUUUGCCAUAAGCUGAGUGGUCAGUGUGAGUGCAAGUUGGGCGCCGAGGGAAUCAAGUGCGACCAGUGCCAGGAGGAGUUCUUCGGUCUUUCGGAGGAGUUUCCAGACGGUUGCGAAGGUAAGUGCGGGCAAACAACGCCGCGAUAGAGGGCUGGGUCAUUAUUUGUUUCUGUUCUUUGCUUAUGCAACCAUGACAAAUUAACGGAUUACCUUCCGCGGCGAUGGAAUCGAUUAUUCACAU